CCAGUGGCCGGCUGUGUUCGGAGGCGCGCGACGUCGUUACAAAUUCGCGAGUAGGUAUUUUCGUACACAAAUAAGUGUUUUAAAAAUAAUUUAAUUUGUCUGUUGUGGAGUCGUUCGACUAUGAUUUUGAUCAGAAUAGAGCAGGGGAAAUCGGAAUAAUAAUUAAGUAUAUUUUGUGAAAUGAAAUUACUGAUUUAAAAAAAAUAUGUUGCAACGGACUAUAAUAUUUGCGUAAAAUAAUUCAUCGUGAAAAGUAAAAAUUGAACGUGGCUCAGGAUCAGCAAAAGAUGUCGCUGGUGGCGCCUAGGAGAGUGCAGUUGGAUUGGACCAAUUCAAUACCAUGGGAGCAGGCUGGCUGUGAUCGUGAGCCGUACGCGGACGUCGCGCGGCAUCUCUCGCAUCAAUCAAAGUCCUCCUCUUCGUCGGCCGACACAGCCUCACAAGGUUCCGGUUCAGCAGAGCAGCCUAAAUUACGCAAAUAUGAACCGCCGAAACAGGAGCGUCGCGCGGAGGUCUGUCCGGCGCGAGUGCAGCCCAACCCGCUGUUGAGAUCGCGGACCCUUCCUAACUUCGGCGGCAAGUGCUCCCGCGAAGGCUCGCGUUGUGACACGUCCCGUCGCGCGCAUCACAUCACCAUGGCGACCGAAGACCUGCUGCAGCCGGGGCACAUCGUCAAGGAGAGGUGGAAGGUGAUGAAGAAGAUAGGCGGCGGCGGCUUCGGCGAGAUCUACGAAGGUCUGGACCUGGUGACGCAGGAGCAGGUGGCCCUGAAGGUGGAGUCGGCCAGGCAAGCCAAGCAGGUGCUCAAGAUGGAGGUGGCCGUUCUCAAGAAGCUGCAGGGCAAAGAGCACGUGUGCCGCUUCAUCGGCUGCGGAAGGAACGCUCGCUUCAACUACGUGGUGAUGCAGCUGCAGGGCCGCAACUUGGCCGAGCUGAGGCGGGCUCAGCCCAGGGGCGCCUUCUCCCUGUCCACGACCCUCAGGCUCGGCCUCCAAAUACUCAAGGCGAUAGACUCCAUUCAUUCGGUGGGCUUCUUGCAUCGGGACAUCAAGCCGAGCAACUUCAGCAUCGGGCGCCACCCCUCCAACUGCCGGCGCGUCUACAUGCUGGACUUCGGGCUGGCUCGCCAGUACACCACCGGCACGGGGGCCGUCAGGCCUCCCAGGGCCGCGGCCGGAUUCAGAGGCACGGUCCGGUACGCCUCCAUAAACGCCCACAAGAACAAGGAGAUGGGCAGACACGACGACCUCUGGUCGCUCUUCUACAUGCUGGUCGAGUUCGUCAACGGCCAACUGCCCUGGAGGAAGAUCAAGGACAAGGAACAGGUCGGCCUCAUGAAGGAGAAGUACGACCACCGUCUUCUGCUGAAGCAUCUUCCGUCAGAACUGCGACAGUUCCUGGAACACGUGCAGAGUCUGGAGUACGCGGACGCCCCGGAUUACGGGAUGCUGGCCGCUCUUUUGGAGAGAUGCUGCAAGAGACGCGGCAUCAAGGAUACCGAUCCCUACGAUUGGGAGAAAGACAGUGUUCCCGCUCGCGCCCGAGUCCCUCUCCAGGCCGCUCCAGAAUUACCGCUGCAGCCAGACGUCCCGGACAGGACGUCUCGUCGGCGCGAGCCAGAUGCGACGACGGCGGCGGCGACCGACACUCAAAGCAACCUGAGAACGUCGCCGAGACAUGCGCAUGCGCACCUCAACGGAUACUCCGCCACCGUGGAGAAAGUGGAGAGGGAGAAAGAGAAGGAGCCGGAGCCGAAGACCACUCCGGCGCCUUCCCCCGACAGGCACGUCAAGGAGACCUCCACCUCGGCCCUGGCCAGCAACACGCCCGGGCGCCCCGAGAGGCAGAGCGUGCCGCCCUGCAAGCCUCGGCCCAACGCCACGGGUGCUCCGACCUUGGCCCGCCUGCGAGUCGUCACGGCUCCGCCCACCUGCGUCCAAGAGUUGGCUCAAGCCUCGCCUUCGAUCACCGGUAACGACAGCCUCCCCCGCGUCUCCGGCGUUCGGUUGUCUCGCGAGACGAGCAGCCCGCGGGCGGCGGCGGACGUGGACAGCGUGCACUCGGACACGCACUUCAAGCGAGGUCGUCGCGGCGGACGUCCGACUCGCGCGGAGCAGAGCGUGACGCAGUGCGCCGUGAUGGAGGACGAGAACGCGUCGCAGGCCGUCACGCGAGGGGCGGCGCUCACGCUCGUCUCGCUCUGGAAGUCGCAGUUCGACGACUCCUCGGAGACCACCGACAACGACUGGAAGCACGAGCACGCGCAGUCCCCGGAACACCGUCAACGGGCUUCGGCGGUGUCCUCCUCGAGCAAGGAGCCUCGCACUCAACCGCCGCUGACCCACACGUCGCAGCAUCACACCCACACGCAGCCCACUCUGCUUUCGCAGCCGACGCAGAUAAACGUGGUGGUGCCCGGUAUCAAGGAGCCCGUCGAGCCCUCUCCGGGUCCGCAGGUCGAGAAGGAAAAGCCAGGGCGAGCGCAGACGACGGAGAGAGCGGAGAAGGGGCGGAGUCGGUGCUGCCUGCACAGCGCGGGGGUGGAGAAUUUCCCCAAGGUCGUCCCGCUCCUGCCUCGCAGCUGGUCCUUGCCUGCCAUCGGCUCGCACGUCCGCGACAUCCGGCCUCCUCUGCUGCAGCAGGCGUCCUUCGACGACGGCACCGGCGCGGCCCUGCGGUACCGGCUCGACGUCAUGCGGGGCGUCGCCGCGAGGCUGGAGCCCCACGAGCCCUCGCCUCGGCGGAUCGUCCGCCGCGGGAGUUUGCCGGUCAGAUGGGUGUUUCCAGUCGUAGAAUCGGACGCGUCGAGGGACGGCCGCGGCUUCCAUUUGAAAGACCUCGAUCGGUUCCAGAGCUUGUCGAAUUCGGGCGGCUGCGAGGCUCCGGCGGCGGCGCCCCGAGAGGCCACCGUCUCCAGCCGCCUCGAGAUCAGGGUUCGCCGCGACGACGACGCCUCGCCCCUGCACUCCGCGGUGCGCAUCCAGUCGGUGGUGGUCGGAGCCAACGAGGAGGCCUCCGUGUACUACGACGCCACGGACAGACAUCGCGACAAACGGUCUUCCACUCGCAGCGCGGAGAAGAGCCGCAGCGGAACGGAGAGGCCGCGACCGGAUCUGCCCGACAGGAGCGGUUCCAUGCGACGCGACGCGAGCGGCGCAGGCGACGGAUCCAGUCUCAGAGACCGAUCGGCGGGCAGCGGCUCUCGUAUUCCGGUGGCAGCGGGAGGUCACCGGUUGGCCAAGUGCGCUUCUUGGAGUGGAGAUAGAGAUCCGCCCCCGCCCGCCGUCGACGACCUCACGCCCGCCUUGCGCCGGCGCAGACAGAACUCCGAUAAAUAUGCGAUGGAUCCCGCCCGGGAACUGAACCUGAGAUUCGCGAGACCGAGACAUCGGCCCGUCGCGCAGCCGCCCGCCAAAGCGGAGUCCAGCCGGUCGGGCUCCUCGUCAUCGGGCUCCCCCCCUCCCGCGGGGAGCGCCCCGGCGCCGCCGCCGCCCGCGCCCCCUCCCGCCGCACCGCCCCACAACGCCGCCAGGGCCAGACGAUUCCGACCGCUCUCCAUCGCGCCCUAGCUCAGAGCGGAAGAGCAAGUCUGACAGCAGUGAACGCGUGUUCGACCUCAAAUGAACGUACGUACGGCACAGAUGCCGAGUAAAAUGUGCUGAAACUGAGCGAGCCUGGGACACAAUAUGCCGUCAAAUAAACGAAUGGAAACCUAAACACGCGUACUUCUAUAAAUUAAGCAUUUUCAAAAAAAAAACCAAUUCAAAUGUGUUAAUUUGAACCUUGCAUCCAUCUGUUUUAUGAAAACAGUGUAAACUCUAAUUGGCGACGCUUAAGAGUGCAUUUCCUGGCUUUUAGAGAUUAUUAUUUGGUAAGAAUAACGUUAAGAUUAUGCUUUCUUGGUGCAAAGUGGUUCACGAUGAGCUGCAACCGUGCCGCGGAGCUUGCACUCUUUAGAAACCUCCUGAAUAUCACUCUCUGAAUAUCACUGACUCCGUGGAAUUCAUGUUUCUUGUCAAAGUCGUACAUUUAAUGAACCGUACAAUGUGUUCGUAAAGAUCACUAGUCCUCAUUUUGCUCAUUUGGUUCGUUUAGACCAUCCUUUGUAUUUAUUUAGCUUACACGAUAAGUUAAUUUGUGACGCAUUGUGCGGUUCCAAUCGCUGAUCGAGAUCCUUUCGGUGGAUUCGUUCGGUUCCUUGAGCUUCGUUUAAUAUGAAAUAAUUAAAUGUUAAAAAAAAAUUAAAACGGUGCAUGCACUAUCUUUAAAAGUAAAAAAAUUGUCAUUUCACUAAUAAUUAAAAGUUUAAUAAUUGUAAAUUAUUCGUCUUGUGUAUUUAAGCUUUACUUCGCCGUUCGUGCGACCGUCGAAUGUGUUCUCUUUCAUCGUGUGUAGAUCCUUCAAUCUUAAUGAAAGUUUCGAACUGAUUAUUUUAUUGUUAGUAAUUUAUUAGAUUUCUACUUUAAGCCCCGAAGCUCAUUUAUUUAGUUUAUUAGUUUAAUAUAAGGCUGGCCUUUAAUAUAAGUGUCGGUGUGGAAGCGUGUGCUACGUCCUCGAAGCCAGGAAAACUCAUCGCUGGCAACGAUGGCUUUGGUUGGCCAGCCGUGUCGCUUGCAUAGGAUAUGAUGGAAGGACGCUUUCGUGUUAUUUUCGGAGACAUUUUUAAUCUAUUAUCAUUAGAGUCGCUUAAGGAGGAGAGUGUUGCGCCAUAUCGAGAUAGUAGUUUCAGUUGUGUAUAAAUAUAUAUUAAUAAAGUCAUCCUGGUAUAUAUAUACAAUUAGAUGUUACUGAAUUAUGAUCAGAGAUAAUUAAGUACGUUUAAAUUUCAGAUUAAGAAACAAAGGCAGGUGUUCUGAUCAAUCGCAAUGAUGCGUCGAAUUGUUUCAUUUAAAUUAUUUAAACAGCGCUUGACUCUAAGGGUCUGUUUAUUACGUUGUUCAAUUUGCCUUUGUUUUAAAUACAUAGUUAUAUAUCUUGAUGCUCUAAUAAUAUCUUACAUUGACAUUUAGCUCGGGAGAAUUAAUAAAACAGUAACAGAUAUUGAGCCACUCGCUUAUUUGGCCCGAUGAGGCCGAGAGACAUUCGAAGCUAAGUAAACGGAUAAGUUUUAGUUUUUUUAUUGGUAUUAAAUGAGUUUUGAAUGUCAAAGCUACGAGUGAUGAAUCGUGUGAAGAGCGCAUUAAGUACGACGGUUGUGUCCAUUGACUUGGAUGCUCUCGUGUGAGAUAUCUCAUUUGAGAUAAUUUAGAUAUAACCUGGUGUUGUAAGAAAGUGGGCACAAUACUAUUGUAAGAAACGGAUAUGGAUCGGACAGAACGACAUUUAGUUACGUAUGUGUUGAAUGUAAUGAUUUAGCAGCUCUCUGAAAUCUAUAUCUAUUUGAAAAUGAAAAGAUGGUGAGAGAUGAAUUGCUUGUCAUAUAAAUCUUAUGAAAAGGUUAUAGGCCCGUUUAUUUUUUAGAGACCGAUGGUCUUAAAUCUCUCGACGUGAGUCGUAUUCUACAUUUUUAAUAUUCUUUUCAUCGUUUUAUAUGUUAGUGUUGCACGCGAAUCUCGUCGAUAUGCGUUUCAUGUCUUCAGGAGACAUUAAAAAACGUGACUUUUUAAUUAAGUCUAUAUCUUCGAACUAUAUACAUAUUAUGUAUAAAUAUAUAACUAUGUUGUUAUGUAGACGCCAUUCGACUCUAGUCUCUGCUGCUUAGUUUAGUAACUUAUGUAACAAAACUGUAGAAUUAAGAUUUAUUGGUAAUUUCGAGCGGUGUGCAACUCGACUGCGAUGUUGCAGCUAUCAGUGGUGGUGGACAGUUGUCAGCUGCGAGUGAGAGUAGUCCAAAUUGUUUGGCCGCGGGCCCCACAGUACAUUCUAGUCUACGAACAGCUUCCGUCUCAUAGUUAUAUUGAGGACAGAUAAAUAAAAUUGAGACAAUUAUUUUUGACAGAUAAAAAAUUAUGUAUAAAGUUGUUGUUAUAUACUUAAGCCCUUUUAAUGGAUAAAGUUGCGGCUAAAAAGUCGCUGACGCGAUCCGAAGUCGGAGGUGCACGCUCGGUUACGUUUUGUUUUGCGAUUUUUUUAUAUUUAUCAAAAUAUGCACAAUGACAUUUAAAUUAAAGGUAUUUGCCCUUUA